AUGGCGAUAUCUUUGACAGGGAAAAUUGUGAUAACAAUAACAGUCCUGGCUGUCAUUGGUGGGUUAACAGCUACUAUUAUCCUAUUAGUAAAUGAUAGUGACGAUGAUGAUACGACCACGGAAGGUCCAACUACGGAAUCCACCACCACCUCAGAUCCUGUUACCGAUUUGCCAGAGGACAUGUUGUAUGAAGUUGGAGUUGGUAUAGCUGAUAUGACUGGGCCUUGUGUUGAGAUUAAUUUUAUGGGUUAUGCAGAUUUCGGUCAAAGUGGUGCAGGUAUUCAUUUAAGACAACACUCACGUGCAUUUAUUUUUAAAAAAGGAGAUACCAGGAUCGUGUUGGUCACAGCUGAUGUCCAAGCAGUUGGUUUUUCAGUCAGACGACAGGUGGUACAAAAUCUGCAAGCGAGGUACGGGAAUAUUUACACAAUUCGUAACGUGAUUCUGACCGGUACUCACACUCACAGUGCACCAGGGGGACAUCUCGUUGAUUUCCUACUUGACAUCAGCAUUUUAGGCUUUUCCAGGGAGACUUACAAUGCUUAUGUGGAAGGCAUCACUAGGAGUAUAAUCAACGCUCACGAAAAUAUAGUGCCAGCUCGACUUUUCUACGGAGAAACGCAAGUUAAGAAUGCGCAUAUGAAUCGAUCACCGUUUUCUUAUGACAACAAUCCCGAAACUGAGAGACUUAGAUAUCUCGGUAACACAGAUGACACUCUUCAACAAGUUAGUAUAGUGAAAUCUGAUGGUAGUCUACAUGGCGUUCUCAACUGGUUCGCGGUCCACACUACCAGCAUGAACAUGACCAAUCAUCUCAUUUCCUCUGACAAUUUAGGAUACGCCUCUAUAAGGCUGGAGAAGACUUUAAACCCAAACAGACCUACUGGGCACCCAGAAAUAGUAGCAGGAUUCUUCUCAGCGAAUCUCGGUGACGUGUCUCCAAAUAUCCGCGGCGCUCGUUGCGAGUUUAGUGGAGAUGAAUGUGACAACCAGUUUAAGAUCUGUGAUGCUUUCGAGCGGUGCUUUGCUUUGGGGCCCGGAGACGACAUGUUUGAAAGUACUAGGAUUAUUGGCACUGCUGUUUACGAGGGAGCCUUGGAAGUAUUGAGCAGUCCUGGACAAGAACUAACGGGCGAGUUGGCAGUUGUUCAUCAAUUCGUUGAAUUCUCCGAAGAAACUGUCGCGAAAUACGAUACUAUCACCAAGACGUUUAACACGAGUGAUCCAGUAAAUGGUUGUGUUGCUGCGAUGGGGUACAGUUUCGCAUCUGGAACUAUUGACGGCGCAAACACGUUGAAUAUCACUCAGGGUACCGUGACUGGUAACGACCUUUUGGAUUAUAUUACCGCUAUAGCUAUGAAUGCUACAGAGGAGGACAGGGAGUGUCACGCCCCGAAGCCAAUUUUAUUAGCUACUGGACGAGGAAACUUCCCGAUUCCCUGGCAUCCUAGGAUCGUAUCAGUUUCCCUGAUUUGGCUGGGGGAUUUUGUCAUCGCUGGUGUACCUGGGGAACCGACUACAAUGGCCGGAAGACGUAUGAAGGACGUCAUUGGCUCGGUCAUGGAAAGAAACGGCUUUGAGCCCAGGGUUGCUAUAUCUGGUUUGACCAAUGAAUACAUUCACUAUGUUGCUACCUUUGAGGAAUAUCAGAUACAACGUUAUGAAGCCGCGUCUACAAUCUAUGGUCCGUACACGUUGGACAUAUUUUUGAAUAAAUUCAACGAAUUUACCCAAGUUGCAAUCGAGGGCGGAGACGUGCCUGCGGGUCCGGAGCCAGAAGACAAUCGCGGUCGAGCCAUCUCCGUAGUCUUGCCAGUGAUAGUGGACUCCUCUCCGUUAGGCCGUAGCUUCGGGGAUGUGCUGUCUCAGCCGGCUGAAGUUGUACGCAGGGGAGAUACAGUUAGAGCGACUUUUGUGGCGGCGAACCCCCGUAACGAUUUGAAACAGGAGUCAACACACGCGGCGAUUGAAAGGUUUGAGCUUGGAAACUGGGAAGUUAUAGCGACUGACGCGGAUUGGGAAACGAAGUUCAUCUGGCAGCGCCAAUCUCUUUUACUGGCCACGAGUAACGUUAUCAUCGAAUGGACAGUUCCCAGCGACGCCAUUAUAACGCAGUACCGCAUCGUUUACUACGGCGUCGCACGCAGCUUACUCGGCAACUUAUCUGAGUUCAGUGGAACUAGUAAUAGUUUUAGAGUUACUGAUGGAAUAAAUAUUUAGAUUUAUAAUGC